AUGAUAACGAUUCUUUUAUUAGCAAUUGGCAUAUCCGCAUGCAAAGAUGUUUAUGAAUCUACUGGCCCUCUAUUCCAUGAUGAAUGGGUUGCAUUACUUCAAUCAACCGCCACUUACAAAGAUAAUACAAAGAUUGUAAUGCUCUUUGUCGUGAAGUACUUAAUAGAAAAUUUAAUUCUUGCAAUUACAGCUUUAGUACUCUUUCAUUUUAUGACGCAAUAUACUAUUUCGAUUUACAAAUACAGUUUUAAACCAACAUAUAGAUUCUUAUCAUUUGUGUACUUGAUUUCCUUCAUUUUCAUGGCUAAACCACUCUACAAGCCGCCAGUAGUCACAAGCAGCAAGUUUUUAUAUGAAAAUUCCGUGCUUCCGAGUUUAGAUGAAAUUGAGUUUCCAGAGAAGAAAAAGAACUUGAUAUUUAUCAGCUUAGAAGCAUACGAGACAAUGUAUUUUUCUAAGGAACAUGGAGGAAUAUAUGAAACAUCUAAAUCACCAAAUUUGGAAAGUUUUGCGUUCUCUAAUAACUCGAUUUUCUUUUCUAAUCUUAAUGGGGAUAAAGUCGGUGGUGUUAAUGUUAUUCCAAGAACUAAAUUUACAACGGCUGCUCAGUUUGCUAUGGCAUGCGGUUAUGCCUUCUUGACAGAACCUCCACGCUCUGGCCUUACAAAUAAUGAGCCAUAUUUUCCUAAAUUUAAAUGUCUUUGGGAUAUUCUUAAAGAAGUUGGAUACAACACCACAGUAACUUAUGGUACAACACCAAAUGACUGGGGAAUUGGGGAUCUAUAUUAUAGUCAUGGUAUCAAUAAGUUAUGGAGCAAAUAUGAUGUGCUUCCUAACUCAAAUGAUAUUUAUGCAUUGGAUCGAGAUAUAACUCCUUUCUUUAUGAAAGCUUUAACAGAAAUGAGUCAGUCAAAGGAUCCAUUCUUUGCCUCUUUUCUUACAUUGGAUACUCAUGAACCAGGUUUUAAAUGUCAAGAUUGUAUCUAUGAAGAGAAUUCUAUGAUUACAGUAGUGAAAUGUUCUGAUAAAAGAAUCUCUAAUUUAUUGAAAUGGAUGGAGCAACAGAGUUGGUAUAAUAAUACUGUGAUUGCACUAUUUGGUGAUCACAUUGUGAGAGGAAAUGGGUAUCCAGAGCUUGCUGAAAGGCAUAAUUUUUCAAGGCGCCCAUUCAAUAUGAUUAUUAACUCUGGCAUGAGAAGUAACUAUACUAGAAAUAGAGAAUUCACAAGUAUGGAUAUUUAUCCAACACUCUUAACAGCAAUUGGGACAAAAGUCAAGAAAAAUCAACUUGGCAUGGGUAUUGAUUUGUUCAGUGGUCUGCCAACAUUAGUUGAAAAAUAUGGUAUUAAAAAAUUCAUAAAAGAAUGUGAAGGAACAAAAAUAUUUUAUAAUCAUAUAAUUCAUGGGAUAGAAGAUGAUGGUAUUAGAGUUAAAGGAUUUUUUUAA